CAAUAUCAUUAACCACAUAAUAACCUAUUCUUAACUUACAAUGCAAUUUGGAAUACUCUCAUAGCAUUACUUAAGACCUGAGAUGGCUACGCUUGGUCUAUCGAGAUGUGGGCAACACGAUUCGCACAUCUCUUACAUCAUUAAGUAAGAGAUCAAAAUAAGACAUUCCACCUUCCUUAUAAAUUCCUUGAACAACUACAAUGACAUCAGUCUCAAAUAUCACUUUAGUCCAUCCCUUCUGAAACCAUAGAUGUAGUUCUAGAGUGAGGGAAAAGAGGGGAGGAGAGAUUAAAGGGCUUGGCCGCUAGAAACAGGUUCUCUUUUCCAUUUUCGUCGAGGACGAAGAACGAUCGCGUUAGGCGGAUUGCUCUAGGUUGGUGCGAAGAUCUUUUCGACGAAGGCAGAAGGCUGUCGGUGAGUUUGAUGACGAGUUUAGUUAACGAAGUCUGAAGGCAUACCGGAGGUGCCUCCUGAGCGAUCGAAGGGGUAGCGGUUUUGUGAAUUGUUUUUUUGGCUUUUGAUGGAGGAUUUUGUGGAUCGCUAUAAGAAGAUGGCUAUCGGAGAGGAAGACAACGAGCUGAACUUUGAUGAAGAGGGUAACGAGGAGAUUAGCACAAUCGAGAAGAGAGCUGAACUCCCAGUGGUUGGCGUUGUGCUCACGGACUGGAAGAUCAAAUUUCAAGUUUUCAAAGAUCUGUUGGCUUCUAUUUGGCGUCCAGUAUUGGAAAAAUCCUUUGGGGGUAGAACUUCGAGCUGGUGGAGGGGUGAAGACCAGUCCUACAGGGGGCAGUAAAUGGCUAGUUGAAAAGUCUUCAAAUUCAGGGGUGCCCAGACAACAGAGAACAUAUCAAGAGGGUGAAGGUAUCAGGGGACAGGGUUGGCAUGAAUCUACAACGGGCACGAAUAAUAGUGUUACCAAAGAAGGAGGCAUAGGCAGUAUGAAGGAGGUGCCAGUGAACCAAAAGCAUAUAAGGAUUUGAGAAGAGCAGCCUCAAGAGGAUCCUUCAGGCGAGAGCAUGUUUCUGGAUAAAGCAAAAAACGGGGAGAAGGCGGUCCGGCCUUCUAGACCCGCCG